AUGGGCCCCAGUCUCUCUCCUCUUCAUCCAUCUGAAACAGCACAUAGAACCCACCACAAAUUAGCAACUAUUCCCUUUACUCAACACAAGAAAAUCAUGAAGAUGAGAAACAUAGGUAAAGUAUACCCAUCUCCACCUGUAUCUUCAUCAUCAUCUGUGCCCUCUCACUUCGUGGCAAACAGAGAGGCUUUAUCUGUGUUGAAGUUCCUCGCCACUGCGAUUCUCUCUCUAGCUUCGGUUAUCUUUAUAGAAGACUACAUGAUUACUAGGUUGAUGAUGAUGUCCGCCUUGAACCCUUCUUCGAUCAGCGCCGAUGACAAGAAGAAGAAAUCGACCAACAAAUCUGACGCCCGCAAGUCUCCGGUCUUCGAUUGUGGAUGUUUUAACUGCUACACGAGCUACUAG